GUCAAUCAUUCAAUCAUUCAAUCAGAUCCAUCCUAUUCAAUUCAAUAAUCAGUUGUCGUUGUGCCUCCCAGUGACCAGUCAAUCGCCCAUCUUGUGUGCCGGCAACAUUACACAACAGCAAACUAGAUAUUCUUUUCUUCUGCACUCCCGCUCAACUCUUUUCUCUCUCCUUCUUCUUCCCCCUCUUCUCCACCGCCUUUAUUCCCAAUCCUCCUGCGAAGCAUUCAUCUUGUUCUUUCCCUUCGUCUCAUUCUUUUCGUCCAUCUUUCGUACCCAUCCGAUGGCGAGUGCAGCUUCCUCGGGCAAAGCGCUUUUCGGCGCCAUUUCAUCCAGGGCCUCCUCCGCGUCAUUGCGGACCUCUUCGUCCAGAAUCCAGCGUUUCUCAAGUCGCGCAAACAAUUGGCCAGCACAAACACCUCCUCAACCCAAGCCAUCACCAUCAUGGCACUCAUCACACAAAUCCACCCUCAGACCGACUACCCACACCCACCGAAACACUCUCCAGAGAGCUUUCUCAACGACACCCAUCACCCAGCACGGUCACAUCGACCCGCCACGCCCGGGCGAAGAACGCAAGAUAACCUUCAUCGACAAAGACGGCGACUCGCACACGUUCGAGGUCUCGGACGGCGACAACCUGCUCGACAUCGCGCAGGCCAACGACCUCGAGAUGGAGGGCGCCUGCGGCGGCUCCUGCGCCUGCUCCACGUGCCACGUCAUUGUCGAGUCCGACCACUUCGACGCCAUGGAGGAGCCCGACGACGAGGAGAACGACAUGCUGGAUCUGGCGUUCGGGUUGACCGAGACGAGUCGGCUCGGCUGCCAGGUCAAGAUGAGUAAGGAGCUGGAUGGGUUGGUGGUCAAGUUGCCGAAUAUGACGAGGAAUUUGCAGGCGAGUGAUUUUAAGUAGAGGAGGGGUGGUCUGGGGUAUGAGUUGUGAGAUGCUGGAUCGGAGGAGGUGGGGUUUCAACACGAUAUAUUGAAUCAUGACAUGGCGGAUCUUAUGUAUUAUUAUACGCGAACGAAAACAAAAAGGAAUCUCCACGGGCGGAACGGAUCUAUCGGGC